CCCCCCCUUCCUUUGGCCCUUCCCCCACCCGCCUUUGCUCGCUCCGCCUUUCUGCCCCCACCCCCACCUCACGGGCAAGGGCCAUUCCCGGCCAGGAAACGCCGUGGCGCCGCGUUGGGCCUAACUCGAGUCCUCCUGCCUCCCGGGAGUGCCGAGCGCCGCAGCCCGGGCCCAGGCCCCGGCAGCGCCUGGGACAAGGUCUUCAGAGCUACUGACAUAAUUUUUUGGGACUUCAUAUUCAGAGGUCUAUAAAAAGGAUUCCUCAUGUCCAUAACAUGUUGGUUGAGGCUCUACAGCUCACCCCCACUCUCAGAGUGGCCAGUCUCCAUUAAUUGGACCCCGUGAUUUCCACUUUCUGCUGUGUUGGACGUCAUGAGCAUUGCAAUCCCUCUGGGAGUCACCACACCAGAUACAUCCUACUCAGAUAUGGCUGCUGGAUCAGAAAAGGAAGUGGAAGCCCCCUACCUUUCAAGACGAAGUGGCACUACACAAGGAUGUGAAAGUCCAGCGAAAGAGACCCAAGGGGCCUAGGGGGCAGCACACCCCCAGAAGCCAAGUCUAUUCCAGGCAGUACCAGGGAUUAGGGUCUGGGCUGGAAAAAUCCUGGUGUUUUGAAUAUGUUCAGGUCCAGUUCAGACUCUUGAUCCCACAGCCACUUCUAGAGUGAGGGUAUCCAGUCUUGGUAGUGAAUGGAAGAGGGCCUGGUCCCUGGGGCAGUGCAGAAGGCACUUUCAUCAUCUCACUCACUGCAAAUGUCAUGUGAGGUUUCAUGGAAGUAUUAAGAGAUCCAAUUAAGAAGAAUAGUUCUGAGUCUAAAGCAGCCCAGAGUGGCUUCUCUAGGGGAAACUCCCUGCUCAGCUGCCCUGAAUCUGUGGAGGCUAGUCCAGCAGUUAAUGAGAAGAGCGUGUAUUCCACUCAUAAUUAUGGGACCACUCAGAGGCAUGGGUGUCGAGGACUGCCUUAUGCUGAUCAUAAUUACGGAGCCCCUCCUCCUCCGACACCUCCUGCUUCUCCCCCUGUCCAGACGAUCAUCCCUCGUUCUGACCUGAAUGGCCUGCCGUCGCCCGUAGAGGAACGCUGUGGAGACAGCCCGAACUCUGAAGGAGAGACUGUUCCUACCUGGUGUCCUUGUGGUCUUUCUCAGGAUGGCUUCCUUCUCAACUGUGACAAGUGCAGGGGAAUGAGCAGGGGGAAGGUUAUUAGACUUCAUCGGCGGAAGCAGGACAACAUAUCAGGUGGGGACAGCAGUGCAACAGAAAGCUGGGAUGAGGAGCUUUCUCCUUCCACUGUGUUGUAUACAGCAACACAGCACACACCUACAAGCAUCACCUUAACUGUUAGAAGAACCAAACCCAAGAAGCGGAAAAAGAGUCCAGAAAAGGGUCGUGCAGCACCAAAGACAAAGAAAAUCAAGAAUUUGAUCCAGAUGUUUGAAGGGCCACUUUUGCUCUACUUGCAAAAAUCGGCUAAUCUGUUGUCAACAUGUAGACCAACCUCUCUUCUGCCACUCCAUACCAUCACAACUGGCACAAAGUUUCUUCUCCUCCAAGCCCCAUCCCAGGCAUUUCGAGAGGGAUCCCGGAAGUCCUUGCGGAUGAAGAAUUCUCCUUCUGAAGCACAGAAUUUAGAUGAGAAUACAACUGAGGGAUGGGAAAAUCGGAUAAGACUAUGGACUGAUCAGUAUGAAGAAGCUUUCUCUAAUCAAUACAGUGCAGAUGUACAGAAUGCCCUUGAACAACAUCUACAUUCUAGCAAGGAAUUUGUGGGCAAACCUGCUAUUUUAGACACUAUCAAUAAGACUGAAUUGGCCUGCAAUAAUACAGUUAUUGGUUCCCAAAUGCAGCUACAGUUGGGAAGAGUCACUCGUGUUCAAAAGCACCGGAAGAUCCUGAGGGCUGCACGAGAUUUGGCUUUGGACACUCUUAUAAUAGAGUAUCGAGGGAAAGUCAUGUUACGACAGCAAUUUGAGGUCAAUGGGCAUUUCUUCAAAAAACCAUACCCCUUUGUGCUCUUCUACUCAAAAUUCAAUGGUGUAGAGAUGUGUGUGGAUGCACGUACUUUCGGUAAUGAUGCUCGGUUCAUCAGAAGAUCAUGUACACCAAAUGCAGAGGUGCGACACAUGAUUGCAGAUGGGAUGAUUCACCUGUGUAUCUAUGCUGUGUCUGCUAUCACCAAGGAUGCUGAAGUCACCAUAGCAUUUGAUUAUGAGUACAGUAACUGUAAUUAUAAAGUAGACUGUGCAUGUCACAAGGGGAACCGGAAUUGCCCUAUACAGAAAAGGAAUCCCAAUGCUGCAGAACUGCCACUCCCACCUCCUCCAAGCCUACCCAUUGUUGGAGCAGAGACAAGACGGAGAAAAGCACGGCGGAAAGAGCUAGAGAUGGAGCAGCAGAAUGAGACUGUAGAGGAGGAUACCAACCCACAAGCAGAACAAGUUCCUGCUGAGAAAGUGACUGUAUCCAGUGACCAUGAGGAAAUAGACAAUCCAGAAGAAAAGGCAGAAGAAGAAAAAGAAGAGGUUACAGAUGACCAGGAGAACCCAGCUCAUAGCAGGAGGACCCGGGAAGAUAGGAAGGUUGAAGCCAUCAUGCAUGCUUUUGAAAACUUGGAGAAAAGAAAGAAGCGACGGGAUCAGUCCUUGGAACAAAGCAACUCUGACAUAGAGGUUACUACCAAUGCCUCAGAGACAGCUGUAGGGGAAGAAACAAAAACUGAAACUCCUGAAUCUGAAGUUAGCAACUCUGCUUCAAAUGUGGCCAUCCCAAGCACCCCACAGAGUAUUGGGGUGAACACCCGAAGGUCUUCCCAAGCUGGGGAUGUUGCUAUAGAAAAGCCAGUCCCCAAACCACCUCCAGCAAAGCCUUCUAGGCCCCGACCGAAGAGUCGUAUUUCUCGGUACCGGACCAGUUCAGCCCAAAGACUAAAGCGUCAGAAGCAGGCCAUUGCACAGCAGGCAGAGUUGUCACAAGCUGCCUUGGAAGAAGGAGGAAAUAACAGUUCAGUAACUCCUACUGAAGCUGGAAGUAUAGACAGUUCAGGAGAAAACAGGCAAUUAACAGGUUCUGACCCAACUAUGGCAUCAGUAACUGGAUCCCAUGUCAACCGUGCAGCAUCUAAAUACCCCAAAACCAAAAAGUAUCUAGUUACAGAAUGGUUGAAUGACAAAGCUGAGAAGCAAGAAUGCCCUGUUGAGUGCCCUUUACGUAUCACCACGGACCCAACUGUACUGGCAACGACCCUGAACAUGUUACCUGGUCUUAUCCAUUCCCCGUUAAUUUGCACCACCCCCAAACACUACAUUCGCUUUGGCUCACCCUUUAUCCCUGAGAGGCGUCGAAGGCCCCUUCUGCCUGAUGGCACGUUCAGCUCCUGUAAAAAGCGCUGGAUAAAGCAGGCCUUGGAAGAAGGAAUGACUCAAACAUCAUCUGUACCCCAAGAGACUAGAACUCAGCACCUAUACCAAAGUAAUGAAAAUAGUAACUCUUCUAGUAUCUGCAAAGACAAUGCAGAUUUGUUGAGCCCUUUAAAGAAAUGGAAGUCUCGCUAUCUGAUGGAGCAGAAUGUCACCAAGUUACUUCGGCCUCUUUCUCCAGUCACACCACCCCCUCCCAAUCCAGGCUCAAAGAGCCCCCAGCUGACCACACCUGGCCCAUCUCACCCAGAAGAAGAAUGUCGAAAUGGAUACAGCCUCAUGUUCUCACCAAUCACGUCUCUUACUACUGCUAGUCGCUGUAAUACUCCUCUGCAGUUUGAGAACAUAUCCUCCCCUGAGAGUUACCCUGCGAAUAGGCCCGAAUCCCUGUCACCCGAGCUUUGUCACCGAAAAGACCUGGACUUGACAAAAGUAGGCUACCUUGACUCCAACACUAACAGCUGUGCUGACAGACCGUCCCUCAUCAACUCAGCUCAUUCUGACCUGGCUCCUCACCCCUCCAUUGGGCCCACCUCUGAGACUGGCUUUCCCAGCAGGAAUGGGGAUGGACAUCAGACCCUCGUGAGGAACUCGGACCAGGCAUUUCGGACAGAGUUUAACUUAAUGUAUGCCUAUUCCCCGUUGAACGCUAUGCCUCGAGCAGAUGGAUUAUAUCGAGGGUCUCCCCUAGUAGGAGAUAGGAAGCCUUUACAUUUGGACGGGGGAUAUUGUUCCCCUGCAGAAGGGUUUCCCAGCAGAUAUGAACAUGGUUUUAUGAAAGAAGUCUCUCGUGGAUCCAUGUCACCUGGUGGUGAAAGGGCUUGUGAAGGAGUCCCAUCUGCCCCCCAGAACCCACCACAGAGGAAAAAGGUAUCCCUGCUGGAGUACCGCAAACGGAAACAGGAAGCCAAGGAGAAUUCUGGUGGGGGCAGUGACUCUGCACAGAGCAAAAGCAAGUCUGCAGGAGCUGGGCAAGGCAGCAGUAACUCACUUUCUGACACUGGUGCCCACGGUGUGCAGGGAUCCUCAGCCCGAACCCCAUCUUCCCCUCACAAAAAGUUCUCCCCAUCUCAUUCCUCUCUGUCCCAUUUGGAGGCGGUAAGCCCAUCUGAUUCCAGAGGCACUUCAUCUCACUGCAGACCACAAGAGAAUAUCAGCAGUAGGUGGAUGGUUCCCACAUCAGUAGAACGACUCCGAGAAGGAGGGAGCAUCCCCAAGGUCCUCCGAAGCAGUGUGAGAGUGGCCCAAAAAGGAGAGCCUUCUCCCACAUGGGAGAGUAACAUCACAGAGAAAGACUCAGACCCUGCAGAUGGAGAAGGCCCAGAGACACUGAGCUCGGCACUCUCAAAAGGAGCGGCCGUUUACAGCCCUUCCAGAUACAGCUACCAGCUCCUGCAGUGUGAUAGUCCACGGACAGAAUCACAAAGCCUACUUCAACAAAGUUCCUCCCCCUUUCGAGGACAUCCCACCCAAUCUCCAGGAUACAGUUAUCGAACUACUGCACUGAGACCUGGAAACCCCCCCUCUCACGGUUCUUCAGAAUCCUCCCUCUCCUCUACGUCCUAUUCCAGCCCCGCCCACCCUGUGUCCACAGACUCAUUGGCCUCAUUUACGGGGACCCCAGGGUAUUACAGCAGCCAGCCACAUUCUGGAAACAGCACGGGCAGCAGUCUUCCAAGGAAGAGCUGCCCUUCGAGUGCUGCUAGCCCUACCCCGCAGGGGCCCUCAGACUCACCGACCUCAGACUCGGUUUCCCAGUCCAGCACAGGAACUCUGAGUUCCACCUCCUUUCCUCAGAACUCUAGGUCGUCAUUGCCAUCAGACUUACGGACUAUCAGUCUGCCCAGUGCUGGGCAGUCCACUGCCUACCAGGCCUCCAGGGUAUCUGCGGUUUCCAAUUCACAGCACUACCCGCACCGCGGGAGUGGGGGUGUGCACCAGUACCGACUCCAGCCAUUGCAAGGGUCGGGAGUCAAGACUCAGACAGGACUUUCCUAGGGCUUCUGGAUUUGGGCAAACCGAACUGAAUGAGCCCAUAGCUGCUUCCUUCCAGCUGCCUCUGGAACCUAGGCCAAGCAGAUUGCUGGGGAAGGGGGUACAAGGUGCCAGAGGAUUGGGUCUGGUCGACAAGAAACAAGACUUGUGGUCACAACAGGCUCAGGCCUUGGAGAAAGAUGUAAAUCUUGUCUGAAGCAGAGACUAUAAAGAAGUUUCUCCCUGCUGUUAAGGGUACAUUGUUGACAAGCAAAUGGUGUUUCGGUUAGUAACGGUUCUAAGUGCAAUGAGUUGUGUUGAAGCCUCCGUCUCCCAUCCUUGCCUGUAGCCUGUAGUCACUUGUGCAGUGAGGACAUCUUUUUAAAUCCAAAAAAAGUUUUCUUUUCAAAGAAAAAAAAAUGUGAAAAGAGCCAAUCUCCAAACCCCAAGCCAUCUAAUAGUGUUAGGGUUUUAUGCACUUAAAAAAAAAGGUAGGUAUGUAAAUGUUCACCGGAAGACAACCAUUCCAAAAGCAGAUAUCCAGCCAAGAUGUGUCCACCAAGUAUGUUCCUACCUUUGUCUUUAAAUCACCGAGAAAUAGGCAGGGAUAGUGAAGCUUGGAAUGUGCUCUAAGGGAUGCCUGGCUCUCUGAAGAAAAGCUUGUGGUCAAUCCUUGAUUAUUCAGGAGCAGAUUAACCUAGUAGAUUGUCUGAUCCCCCAGCUGUUACCAUCCCACUCCCCUUCCCCAAGCUAUUUCACAGCUCAGUAACCCAUGAAGUAAUAGGUAAAGGAAAGAGGAAUGAUAAGAGAGGUGGGCCAAUUGCUACUUAUCAGCUGUUGGCAAUAAAUUUACUUAGGAAGUAUCCCAGAUGGUUUGGGAAUUCUUUGAAUUUUAUUUUUUCUACUCCCAAUUAAUCAGGAGUUGACGAUCCCAUGAGUAGGACCGCCUCCGUGAUUGGGGAGCAUGCACUCGUGACUGCAGGGUAAGAGUGGAAAGAUUUGUGGAGUGGUGCCGACAGGACUGUGAUUGUGUGUGGGCAUGUUCCACAUUUCUUUGGGGGAUGCUUAUUUGAGAGUGGCCUGGGUGAGACAGUUAGAAAGCCACCCACGCACCUAACACUGUUCUGGAUGAGAGACAAGAGCAGACUGGCUUCUCCCCAUCAG